ACUCACACAUCGAGUCCCCUUGAAGCUGGGAGAUACACCAGAUCCACAUCUGCUCUCCUUUCUGCCCGUCUCCGCUUCUGUGAAACUACCUUUGCACAACCUGCCAUGGUGUCCCACAAGGAAUUCGAGAAUGCCGGAAAGGAGCCCGGGCUAAAGAUCUGGAGAAUCGAGAACAUGGAUCUGAAACCCGUACCCAAGCCUCUGUAUGGGGACUUCUACACCGGCGACGCCUACGUCCUGCUCUACACCACCCCCGCCCCAUCUCACUAUAUCCACAUGUGGCUGGGAGACGAGUGCUCUCAGGACGAAAGCGGGGCAGCCGCGAUCUUCGCCACCCAGCUGGAUGACUACCUGGGGGGCGGGCCCGUGCAGUUCCGCGAGGUGCAGAACAAUGAGUCGCUCACCUUUCUGGGGUACUUCAAAUCCGGCAUCAAGUACAAGCAAGGGGGCGUGGCCUCCGGCUUCCAGCACGUGGUGACCAAUGACAUGAGCGUGAAGCGUCUGCUGCACAUCAAGGGCCGGCGUGCCAUCCGAGCCACCGAGGUGGGCCUCUCCUGGAACAGCUUCAACACCGGCGACUGCUUCAUCGUGGACCUGGGCAAGGACAUCUACCAGUGGUGCGGGAGCGAGUGCAACCGCUUUGAGCGGCUGAAAGCCUCGCAGGUGGCCAUUGACAUCCGUGACAACGAGCGGAAUGGGCGAGCCAAGCUGCACAUGGUGGAGGACGGGGCGGAACCAAAGGAGCUCCUCGACGCCCUGGGACCCAGGCCGAACAUCCCCCCGGGCUCCCCUGAUGAUGAUACCGUGGACUCCUCCAAUAAGAAGAAGGCAUCUCUUUACAUGAUUUCUGAUGCCUCUGGCUCUAUGAAGUCCUCCCUGGUGGCCCAGUCCAGCCCCUUCAAACAGGAGAUGCUCGAACCCGGGGAGUGCUACAUCCUGGACAACGGGGUGGACCACAAAAUCUUCCUGUGGAAAGGACCAUCUGCCAAUACCGCUGAGCGAAAAGCGGCCAUGAAGACAGCGGAACAGUUCAUCAAGGAGAAGAACUACUCCAAGAUGACACAGAUCCAGGUGUUGCCAGCAGGGGGCGAGACCACACUCUUCAAGCAGUUCUUCUCCAACUGGAAGGACAAGGACCAGACCGUGGGCCCCAGCAAGGCCUACACCAUCGGCCGCAUCGCCCGCGUGGAGCAGAUCCCCUUCGACGCCUCCAGCCUGCACUCCAACAAGGCCAUGGCCGCCCAGCACGGCAUGGUGGACGACGGCUCGGGCAAGGUCCAGAUUUGGCGUGUUGAAGGGGGAGAGAGAGUUCCAGUGGACCCCUCUAGCUAUGGCCAGUUCUAUGGGGGAGACUGUUACCUCAUCCUGUACAGCUACGGACAGGGAGGCAGGGAGAGGCACAUCAUCUACACCUGGCAGGGGCUGAAGAGUACCCAGGAUGAGCUGGCUGCAUCCGCUUUCCUCACCGUCAAGCUGGACGACUCCAUGGGGGGGUCUCCAGUCCAGGUGCGUGUGACACAGGGCCAGGAGCCGCCCCACCUGAUGAGCCUGUUCAAGGGCAAGCCCAUGAUCAUCCACAGCGGCGGGACGUCCCGUAAGGGGGGCCAGACGCAGGCCGGCAGCACCCGCCUCUUCCACAUCCGUCAGAGCUCCACCCGCGCCACCCGCGCCGUGGAGGUGGACCCUUCUGCUUCCUGCCUGAACACCAAUGACGUGUUCGUGCUGAAGACCCCCAGCUCCACAUUCGUGUGGCGCGGCGUGGGGGCCAGUGAGGAGGAGAUUGCCGCGGCCAAAUACGUGGUCAGCUUCCUGGGAGGAAGUGCCACCGAUGUGUCGGAGGGCAAGGAGCCAGCUGAGUUCUGGUCCGCUCUGGGUGGGAAGAAAGAGUACCAGACCUCCAAGAGUUUGCAGAAGACAGUCAAGCCCCCUCGCCUGUUCGGCUGCUCCAACAAGACUGGCCGGCUUAUUGCGGAGGAGGUUCCUGGUGACUUCACUCAGGCUGAUCUGGCCACCGAUGACGUCAUGUUGCUGGACACCUGGGACCAGAUCUUCCUCUGGAUUGGCAAUGAAGCCAAUGAGGUAGAGAGAACAGGAUCUCCCAAAAUAGCCAAAGAGUACGUGGAAUCUGACCCAUCCGGGCGCCGGGGCGUGCCCAUAGCCACCAUCAAGCAAGGGUGUGAACCGCCCACCUUCACCGGCUGGUUCCAGGCCUGGGACCCCAAGAUGUGGGACACAGACCCCCUAGAGCGCAUUCGGGCUCGCUUCUAAGUCCCCCCCCCGUUUCCACAUUGUGAAUGGCAGACGCACCCAACUGUGUGCAAAUUCAUAGCCCCCCUCUCCAUGUGGGACAGAGUCCUCUGUGUGCCGCACAGAGCCUUGUACUCUGUCACCACAUUUUGCACUCCGUACCAUCCUGACAAAAUGAAGUGCUUUAAGCUCCUAAGCUGUGGGCCACGCAUACUGGCAACCACUUUUCUGGACCAAUUCGUUUUUUUCAUGCUCUCAUUCUCACUCAGUCUCAUUAUACGACAGUAAGUUUGCCAGGUACUAUAGCGACUUUUCUAGAAGUGUUACUCCUGUGCCAAAACUCCCGGGAGGAGGGGUCACGGGUGCUUGCCCCCUUUGCUAUCUGUCUGGCAAUAUAAAUCUGUGUUGCAAAUUUUAAAAUGCGUUUUUUUUCCUUCAUAUUUACAUUUAGGUGAUUUGCAGUUGGUCAUCUGUUAAACGUAGGCUCGUUGUGGCAUGCUGUUGUAACUCAUAUCGCAUUGAUGUAAACUGCUGUGUCCAUAUUUGCUGAUUGACAUUCAUGUCAGUUUGUUUUUUACUUUAUUUUUAAUGCCUUUGCAAUGUAACAGUGCUUAGUUUUAAUAAAGG